AUGGCAAUGACAAACAAUAGAAGAAAAUGUUUUAUAUGUAAUAAAGAUAAAAUAACAUAUCCUUGUGAAGGAUGUUUGAAAAACUUUUGUUUAAUGGAUUUAACAAAACAUCGUCAAAUAUUAAAUGAAGAACUACAUCAUAUUAUUAAUGAUUAUGAUCAAUUUAAACAAAUAUUUAAUGAACAAAAACCGAGCUCGCAUGAUCUUUCUUUAAUAGAUCAAAUUAAUCAAUGGAAAAUAAACUCAAUAAACCAAAUUAAGCAAAAAGCAAAAGAUUGCAUAGAAACUGUCAUUAAAUGCUCACAAACAUUUUUGAAUGAUAUUGAAAAAAGAUUUAAUGAUAUAAAUGAACAAAUAAAACAAUUUCAGAGAGAAAAUGAAUUUAAUGAGAUUAAUUUAAACUAUUUAAGAAAUCAAUUAAGGAAAAUUACAGAGGAAUUAAAUAAUCCGCCAAAGACUUCUAUUGAACAAGAUUGUCAAGCAUUUACUAAUGAAAUUUCAAUUAUUGCAUUAGAAAAAAAACCAAAAUUCAAUAAUUGGAAUCAAAAUGCCAUCACUGUAGCUGGUGGAAAUGGAUAUGGAGAGAAUUUAAAUCAACUUAAUUGCCCUGUGGGAAUCUUUAUUGAUAAAAAGAAAAAUAUUUUCAUUGCUGACUGUUCAAAUCAUCGUAUUGUUCAAUGGAAAUAUAAUACAACAGAAGGACAAAUCAUUGCAGGUGGAAAUGGCAAAGGAAAUCGAAUGAAUCAGUUGAAUUAUCCAACAGAUGUGAUUGUUGAUCGACAAAAUCAUUCGAUCAUCGUUGCCGAUUGGCAAAACAGACGAGUAGUUCAAUGGGUCAAUCAAAAUCAACAAAUUCUCAUUGACAAUAUUGACUGUGGUCGCUUGGCGAUUGAUAAAUAUGGAUUUCUUUAUGUUUCUGAUUAUAAGAAGAAUGAAGUAAGACGAUGGAAAAUUGAAGAAUACAGUGAAGGAACUGUGGUUGCAGGUGGAAACGGAAAAGGCGAUCAACUUAAUCAACUUAAUUUUCCUGCCUAUAUCUUUGUUGAUGAAGAUCAAUCUAUUUAUAUAUCUGAUCAAAACAAUAAUCGUGUGGUAAAAUGGAGAAAAGAUGCAAAAAAAGGAACAAUUGUGGCUGGAGGAAAUGGUAAAGGAGAAAGAUUGAACCAACUGUCUUCACCUCAAGGAGUCAUUGUUGAUCAUUUUGGUCAAAUCUAUGUAGCAGAUUUUUGUAAUCAUCGAAUAGUGCGUUGGCGUGAAGGAAAAAAAGAAGGCGAAAUUAUUGUCGGUGGAAAUGGUAAAGGAAAUCAAUCAAAUCAGUUGAAUGUUCCCAUGGGUUUAUCAUUUGAUAAUGAAGGAAAUCUUUAUGCUGCUGAUCGUGACAAUCAUCGAAUUGAAAAAUUUGAAAUAAUUAUGUAA